CUCCAAUCAACAACUACUGCGUCUACAACGAUCCCAUGACCAUCAUGAUCGUAGGCGGCCCCAACGCACGAACAGACUACCACAUCAACUCCACGCCCGAAUUCUUCUACCAAUACAAAGGCCGAAUGCUCCUCAAGACCAUCCAGCAAGAUGUAAAUGGCAAAGAUACUUUCCAAGACAUUUACAUCAAUGAAGGAGAUAUGUUUUUACUACCGGGCAACACUCCUCACAACCCCGUUCGCUUCGCAGAUACUGUCGGUGUGGUUAUUGAGCAACCCCGGCCUGAGGGGAGUUUGGAUCGUCUAAGGUGGUAUUGUCAGAGUUGUGGGAAUCAGGUGCAUGAAGCUAGUUUUCAUUGUGUAGAUUUGGGCUCGCAGAUUAAAGACGCUGUGAACGCUUUUAAAGAAGAUGAGAAAGCGAGAAUUUGCGAACGUUGUGGUGAGGUGUGCGAUACGGCGCCGAAAGAGGCUGUUAUGGAACAGAUGCGAACUGCUCCUUCGUGAGCUGAAGCACGAGCAGAAGCAGAGCAGAGUCUUUUUUCUAAUCACGAGGAACGGGAGAGAGCAUGAAGAAUACCUCAGUAAGUAGGUUUUGCUCUGUAGUCUUUGUUCAAAAAAAGACAGAGCAGCUACUACACCCAGUACAGUAGUACCUACCAGAGUGUAAUCGGCUUGAUGCACUCCACUCACUGGCCGACUUCGCACGUAUCAUACCAUCGAGAUUAUUCCUCCGACCCGGUCAGUCACUCUUCUCUCAAACGCCGCCGAGCCGAGAGACUUUUUUUUUUCUUUUUUUCCCUCCACACCACUCGAAUUAAGC